AUGGCCGAAUACAAACUCAACAUCCGCAUCGACAAGAACUGCGUUGCCAAGUUCAAGACCAGCGGGCACAAGAUCUGCCUUGCCUUUGGCUUCGAUACAAGCGCCAGGCCGGGCUCCACCAAGUUCAACGUCAUCGGCUACUCUUCAGUUUGCGCGCGGAAUCUCAUGGUGACGUGGAAGGAAGAGUAUUCGAUCGCAGCCAGCAGCAGCGCGUUCGCCAGUGGAGUCCGCCUCGACGUCGCGACGACGCCGCAGCCCAUCUCCUCGGGGAAGUCGUGGGUCCUGCCGCAGGAUUGGAGCGACGGCAGCGCGACGACGGACCCGGACGUGUCCGACGAGGACAUGAUGUUCGUCAACGAGGCAUCGUCGGCGUCGGCCGUCGUGUACAAGACUGUCAACGGCGUCGAGGCCCCCGUCUACGUCAGCCACUUCGGCCCCCUGCCGCCCGGGAGGGAGGCCCUGACGCCGAGGCUGCAGGCCGCCGUGUGGUUCCAAAAGGGCGCCGAGACCGGGACCAUGGUCGACGGCCACGACACGCCCAUCCACGUCAUAGACUUUAAGAAGGAGAGCUUCCACGAGGUCGAGUACGGCCCGUCGGGCUCGUGGGCCGUGGUCGAGUGA